UGACUCAUUUUCCCUGGCUUUUUCCCUACUUCCUUGUCCAAUUGUGUUCCCACCCUCAAAGGCGGGCUCUUCAGAACCUCCUAGAUCAGGCGUGGGCAACUCCAGUCCUCGGGGGCUGGCGUGGUCACUUUUUUCCCCCAUCCCUAGCGAACACAGCUGAUUUAAACUAAUUGCAUUUUAAACUGAUGAUCAUGAUUAGUUGAUUAUUGGAGUCAGGUGUGUUAACUAGGGCUGGAGCAAAAGUGUGACACCGAUCAGGCCCCCGAGGACUGGAGUUACCCAUCGCUGUCCUAGAUCAACUGGUGGCGGCAGCCUAGACCAACUGAAUCAGAAGGGCAAACGAGUGAAGGACAUCUCACUGGAGGCCAAAGGAGCUUUCUGAUGCCAGCGGACCACAAUACAUGGAGAGAAGACCAGCCCAUAGCUGUUGAUGAGCGGAGUGGAACCUCAAACCAGCAUGUUAUCGUGAUAGAGUCUGCAGAGGCUGCAGGUCCUGGUGUCAAGCAGGAGAGGUCUGAAGGAGAGGAGGACCCACGGCACAGCAGAGACACCCAGACUGGAGCGCCCCCUGUAGCCAUGGAGGACCCCACCACAGCCCCAGUGCCGCCCAGGAACCGACGCAGCAUCACGGAGGUCAGUGGAACGCAGAACGCCGUCCUCAAGUCAGAGACAGACACAGAGACUUUAACUGUAACACAAAGGCUUUUACACACAGGAUCUGACCACAGGUCAGACCAAGAGAGACUGGGGCUGAGGAGACUGGGCUGUCCUGCUCCCGGCUCAGAGUAUUUACUUUAUGGAAACCCGAGCCCGAGGACGGUUCAUUCCCAUCAGGAUGCAUUAGAGACUGGCAAUGAUCCGUCCUGUUCUUCUGCUACAGAGAUGGACCCUGACAACAUGCCCUUGGGGUUAGAGACACAGACUGAUCUGUCUAGAGGGGACUGGAACCAGUACAGUAGUAGUGUAUACUCUGAAGGGUGCCUAGAUAAGAAAGGGGAGGGUCUGGUCGAAGAUGAAGUGACUGUGAAAGUGGAGGGUGACAUUCCUCCCACAUGGAAUGCAGAUAGUCACCUAGGAUACGGACUCUCACAAGGCAGAGAUUUCUUAGAUUACAGGGAAAGCUUAGAGACAAAUCCAAAUGUCACGACCCACUCCCCUUUACACACACUCAGGGAUCGCGACCCAGUGUCCACGUCGAUGGCACCUUCCGAUUCACACGGCCGCGUCCUUUUCAAUCAUCAGGUAUUGAACUCAAACGACAGGGCUAGAGCCCAGGCUCAGGGAGGGGGAGUCACAUCAGGCAAUAGUAAAGAGAAACGGUUCCUCUGCAUGUUCUGUAACAAAGGCUUCAGCUGCCCACAGAAGGUGGAGAUCCACCAGAGGGUCCACACAGGGGAGAAACCCUUCAGCUGUACCCAGUGUCACAUGCGCUUCGCCCAGGGUGGUGACCUGAAGAGGCACCAGAGGGUCCACACAGGGGAGAAACCCUACAGCUGCCCCCAGUGUGAGAAGAGGUUCUCCCGCCAGCACCAUCUGAAGAUGCACCUGAAGGUCCACACGGGAGAGAGGCCGUUCGCCUGUGCGCACUGCGGGAAGAGGUUCUCAGAGAAGAGCUACCUCAGGAUACACCAGCAGAAAAACCAUUCCACUCUAUAACAUAGACAGUAACCAUUCCACUCAAUAGUGUCUGAUGUUUAGAUCAAACACUACUUUAACCCCUUACACUUGUGGGAAUUGGCCUAUAUGGAUAGGGCUAAAUUGAAAUGUUUCUUACAGAAGAAAUAGGGAUUGCAUA